AUGGCGGCUGCCGGACCCCGGAGCUCCCCGCGCGGGGCCUUCUGCAGGCAGCUGCUGCUGAGCCUCGCGGUCUUCAGUUUUUCUUGUGAAGCCUGCAAAAAUGUGAUAUUUAACAUACCUUCCAAACUAGAGGCAGAUAAAUUGAUUGGCAGAGUUAAUUUGAAAGAGUGCCUCCAGUCCGCAGACUUCAUCCUUUCCAGAGACCCUGAUUUCAGAGUUUUAGGGGAUGGUUCUGUAUAUACAGCUAGGGCCACUGAGUUGUCUGAUGAGAAAAAAUCAUUCACAAUAUUGCUUUCUGACACAAAGAAACAGACCCAGAAAAACAUCAUUGUACUCCUGGGACAUCAGAAGAAGGUACUGAGGAAAAGACAUACUAAAGACAAAGUUCUCAGGCGAUCCAAGAGAAGAUGGGCACCUAUUCCUUGUUCGAUGCAGGAGAAUUCCUUGGGGCCUUUCCCUUUGUUUCUUCAACAAGUUCAAUCUGAUGCAGCACAGAACUAUACCAUCUUCUACUCAAUCAGUGGACGUGGAGUUGACCAAGAUCCUUUAAAUUUGUUUUUCAUAGAAAAAGACACUGGAAAUCUGUAUUGUACUCGGCCUGUAGAUCGUGAGCAAUAUGAUGUUUUUGAUUUGAUUGCCUAUGCAUCAACUGCAGAUGGGUAUUCAGCAGAUCUACCUCUACCACUGCCCAUCAGAGUUGAAGAUGAAAAUGACAACUACCCUAUUUUCACAGAAAAAAAAUAUAAUUUUGAAGUUUCAGAAAGUAGUAAAAUAGGUACUACAGUGGGGGUGGUUUGUGCCACGGACUUAGAUGAACCUGAUACAAUGCAUACACGCCUGAAGUACAGCAUUUUGGAGCAGAAACCAAGAUCACCUGGGUUCUUUUCUGUGCAUCCUAGCACAGGGGUUAUCACCACAGCUGCUCAUUCUCUGAACAGAGAGGUUGUAGACAAGUAUAUACUGACAAUGAAAGUACAAGACAUGGAUGGUCAGUUUUUUGGAUUGAUGACUACAUCAAUUUGUGAAAUAACAGUAAAAGAUUCUAACGACAAUGCACCCACUUUCAGACAAAGUGCUUAUAAAACGACAGUAGAGGAAAACACAUACAAUGUGGAAAUCUUACGAUUAUCUGUAGAAGAUAAGGAUUUAAUUAACACUGCUAAUUGGAGAGCCAAUUAUACCAUUUUAAAGGGCAAUGAAAAUGGACAUUUCAAAAUCAGCACAGACAAAGAAACUAAUGAAGGAGUUCUCUGUGUUGUAAAGCCACUGAAUUUUGAAGAAAACCAGCAAGUGAUCCUGGAAAUUGGAGUAUGCAAUGAAGCUCCAUUUACUAGAGAUGUUGCAACUGGUUUAAUAACCAUGAGCAGAGCUUUGGUUACAGUUUAUGUAAAGGAUCAGGAUGAAGGGCCUGAUUGCAUCCCUUCAGUCCAACGUGUUCAGAUAAAAGAAAACACAUCGGUGGGGACAAAGAUCAAUGGCUAUAAAGCUUAUGACCCAGAAACCGGAAGUAGCAAUGGUUUAAGGUAUAAAAAAUUACAUGAUCCUAAAGGGUGGAUCACCAUUGAUGAAAAUUCAGGAUCAGUCAUGACUUCCAAAACCCUGGACAGGGAGGCAGCAGCUCCUCAAAACAACUUAUACAAUAUUACAGUCCUGGCAAUAGACAAAGAUGAUAGAUCAUGUACUGGAACACUUGCCGUUAACAUUGAAGAUGUAAAUGAUAAUCCACCAAAAAUACUUCAAAGUGAUCUAAUAAUUUGCAAACCAAAGAUGGGGUCUACUGAGAUUUCUGCUGUUGAUCCCGAUGAACCAGUCAACGGUCCUCCGUUUCAUUUCAGCUUGGCAAACCCUUCUCCAGAAAUCAAUAGAAUAUGGACCCUCAGCAAAGUCAAUGAUACAGCUACCCGUCUUUCAUAUCGGAAUAAUGCUGAAUUUCAAGUGUAUCAUGUCCCUGUUACUGUGAAAGAUAGAGCAGGUCAAUCUGCAACCAAAAUCUUGAGAAUUAAUCUAUGUGAUUGUAUUCAUCCAAGUAGAUGUGUGUCGGAUGCAAGGAGCAGUGGGGGAAUAAUUCUUGGAAAGUGGGCGAUCCUUGCAAUCUUACUGGGUGUAGCAUUACUCUUCGGUGUAUUGCUAACUUUAGUAUGUGGAAUUGUUGGUACCAGAAAAGGAAAAUCUUUUCCUGAAGAUUUAGCUCAGCAAAACUUAAUUAUAUCAAAUACAGAAGCACCUGGAGAUGAUAGGGUGUGUUCUGCCAGUGGAUGUAUGACCCAGACUGUCAACAACUCUAGCCAAGGAUUUUGUGGCACCAUAGGAUCAGGAGUCAAAAAUGGGGGACAGGAAACCAUUGAAAUGGUAAAAGGAGGACACCAGACUUUGGAAUCCUGCCAGGGGGCAGGGCAUCACCAUACUCUGGAUUCCUGCCGGGGAGGACAUGUGGAGAUGGACAACUGCAGAUACACUUACUCGGAGUGGCAUAGUUUCACUCAGCCUCGUCUUGGUGAAAAAUUGCAUGCAUGCAAUCGGAAUGAAGACUACGUGCAAGCUCAAGAUUACGUCCUUACAUAUAAUUAUGAAGGAAGAGGAUCUCCAGCUGGUUCUGUAGGUUGCUGCAGUGAAAAACAGGAAGAAGAUGGACUUGACUUUUUAAAUAAUUUGGAACCCAAAUUUUCUGCAUUAGCAGAAGCAUGCGUAAAGAGAUAAUGUCACUAUGCUACAAUUAUGU